CUGCUGGCGGCGGCGCGCCUCGCCGGGCGCCCCCGCCAGUCCGGCCGGAAGAUGGUCAACGACCGGUGGAAGACCAUGGGCGGCGCUUCCCAACUUGAGGACCGGCCGCGUGACAAGCCGCAGUGGACCAGCUGCGGCUACGUGCUGUGCACAGUGCUGCUGUCCCUGGCUGUGCUGCUGGCUGUGGCUGUCACCGGUGCCGUGCUCUUCCUGAACCACGCCCACGCGCCUGGCACGGCGGCCCCGCCUGUCGUCAGCACCGGGCCGGCAGGUGCCAACAGCGCCCUGGUCACCGUGGAGAGGGCUGACAGCUCACGCCUCAGCAUCCUCAUUGACCCUCGCUGCCCCGACCUCGCCGACGGCUUUGCCCGCCUGGAGGGCGCGCAGGCCUCCGUGCUGCAGGCGCUGGCCGAGCACCGGGCCGAACCGAGGCUGGCAGGCGAGCAGGAGCGGGAGCUGCUGGACACCCUGGUGGACCAGCUGCCCCGGCUGCUGGCCCGGGCCUCAGAGUUGCAGGCGGAGUGCGCAGGGCUGCGCAAGGGCCUCGGUGCCCUGGGCCAGGGGCUCGGCGCCCUGCAGAGUGAGCAGGGCCGCCUCAUCCAGCUUCUCUCCGAGAGUCAAGGCCACAUGGCUCACCUGGUGAACUCGGUCAGUGAUGUCCUCGAUGCCCUGCAGAGGGACCGGGGGGUUGGCCGGCCCCGCGUCAAAGCUGACCUCCAGAGGGCACCUGCCAGGGGAUUGCGGCCACGGGGCUGCACCAGUGGCUCUCCGCCGCGUGACUGUCUGGACGUGCUCCUGAGCGGACAGCAGGAGGAUGGCAUUUAUUCAGUCUUCCCCACGCACUACCCUGCGGGCUUCCAGGUCUACUGUGACAUGCGCACAGACGGCGGGGGCUGGACGGUGUUUCAGCGCCGCGAGGACGGCUCCGUGAAUUUCUUCCGAGGCUGGGAAGCGUACCGGGAUGGCUUCGGCAAGCUCACGGGGGAGCACUGGCUGGGGCUCAGGAGGCUCCACGCCCUGACCACGCAGGCCACCUACGAACUCCACGUUGACCUGGAAGACUUCGACAACAGCACGGCCUACGCCCGCUACGGAAGCUUUGGCGUGGGCUUGUUCUCCGUGGACCCGGAGGAGGACGGGUACCCGCUCACCGUGGCUGACUACUCGGGCACUGCAGGGGACUCCCUCCUGAAGCACAGCGGCAUGAAGUUCACCACCAGGGACCGUGACAGCGACCACUCGGAGAACAACUGCGCCGCCUUCUACCGCGGGGCCUGGUGGUACCGCAACUGCCACACGUCCAACCUCAACGGGCAGUACCUGCGCGGCGCGCACGCCUCCUACGCCGACGGCAUUGAGUGGUCCUCCUGGACUGGCUGGCAGUACUCGCUCAAGUUCUCGGAGAUGAAGAUCCGGCCGGUCCGUGGGGACCGCUAGAUGGGCGUGCCACCGCCCACCGCCCGUCCCCCUCCCUCGUCCCCCCCUGCCGCCCCGCUGCACCUGCAUCUCCCCCCAUGCCCACCUGCCCUGGCAUCGGGGUGGGCUGCACGUCCGUCCCCUCUGCGCUGUCCCCACCCUCCACUUCCCCUCUGCUGAGGUGGGGCAGGGUGCACUUGGCAACCCCACGUUUACCUGCUGGGACCUGGGCUCCUGGGCUAAAUGUCUUGCCUUCCCCUGGUCAGCGGUCCGCCAGGCACCCUGGCAGCCCCUCAACUUUGCCAGUACCAACACCUGGCGCUUUGGGGGUGCAGAGUAGGGGCAGGCAGCACCCCUGCAGCCCCUGUAGCAGACAGAGGCAGUGUUCGGAUCUUUCGGAGUCAGGUCCGAGGCCAGCCUCCUCUGGCCCUCCUGGCCGCCCCCCUUCUCUCCCCUCAGGACCGUGGGGAGUGGUGGUGCGGAGGGCUGCCCUACCCUACCGUUCCCCCAGGCCAGGCUGGGGCGCAGCAGCCUGUGGGACUCCUAGCCCAAGGGGGCCUGGGCCGUUCCCUGGGGCUUCCCCCCCGCCCCCUCUGUCCACCCCUGUGCUCCUGCAGGCCUGGGAGGUCCUCAGUCCCCUUGGCUGCUGCUCCCAGCCUCCUGCCUUCCUAAGGCAGCCGGAGUGCCCCCCACCCUGUCCGCUUCCCUGUGGGAGGCUGGGGCCCAUCCUACACCCUCUGGGCCUGGCCAGUGAGGACCUCUCUAUUUUCUGGGCCGUCAUGGGUCUUGUACCACCACCACCACCCCCACUGACCCCAGUUCCAGGGACUCCAGGGUCCUAGAGCCUCCUGCCAGCAGGCCUACAGGGUGGAGGCUGGACGUGAGGGUCCUGAGGCCUCAGUGGGAGGCCGCCUCCUGCUGGUGAUUGUGGGUGCUGCCACCUCGGGUCAGGGGACAGGGACAGACUCCGUGGGGACCGAGGCACCACCAGACACUGGAAACAACCUUGCACUGAAUCCUCCCAGUGUUCUGUCGUUCUCCACCCCCCACCCCUGACAGGAACUGCAGGUUCCCAAGGUCAGCGGCCCUUAACCCUGAUGGACGCGCUGGGACCCUGAUGUCCUGCGUCAGAUCCAAGCCCGGGGCUGUUUUACGAAGUUCCUACCUGCGGGGAUUUGCUGGGGCCCUUUGAGAGGCUCCACGAGGCCAGCCUUGGGAGCUGCCCAGGGGCGAGCAGCAGUGAUCCCCUCGGGAAGGACGGAGGGCGUGUUUCCCUGCAGGACGCCCAAAGGUGGGUGAGCCAGGCAAACGGGAGUGUGGGGUUCAGCUCUCCCCUCCCCUCCACCAAAGCUGUGCUGCAGUCAUCAGUCAUCGGGAGCCACAGCCGGCCGGGGCAGCAGGGGGGCUCCCAGUGCCACCGACCCGCAGCAUGAGCUGGCCAGUCCCCGCAGCUGCACCUGUCACGGCUUUCCGCAAAGCUUUGCUGCCCUGUCGGCUCUUGAAGCAGAAGCGGCUGGGAAUUGGGCAGUGCAGCCCGGGUGACCAGG